AAUAUAAAUGAUAAAAAAUCGUGAAAUCGAAGUUGCACCACCCCGUCGAACAAUUCAAUUCGGCGGAUACACUUUCGUUGAACCCGAUUUGAAUUUUAAAGCGCCAAUAUUUUCGUGUUGCGGUUCGAUUCGAGACCCAUCUUGUGAAGAAAGAGAGGAGGAAUAUAUCGAUAAUGGUCACGAUGAAGAGCCGCCCGUAGAAGUAAAUCGUAUUCAGGAAUCGACAAGUUUUGACGAACCGGUGAGCUCGCCGCCACGUUAUCGACCAUCAGAGAAUCCGGGUCCAAGUUCAAGCAGCUACGAGCCAGGUCACUACAGUUUCAAUGAAUAUCAACAAUUUCCAAGUCGUCCACAAAAGCGGCUAGUAGAUCCUCCGAUUGUCGAUUUAGACGAAGAACCUCCGAUUGUCGAUUUAGACGAUAGUUUUGAUAAUUUCCACGUCGGCAGUACAUCGGAAGAAGUGGUUUCAGGAGAUAUUGCUCCAGAAGAAGAAGAAGAAGAAGGUCACGAUAGUUUCGACGAUUUUGAAUCCGUGCCGGCUCAGCCACCAUCCAAGAACACACUAGCCAGUUUGCAAAAGUCCGAUUCAGAAAUCGCUUUAAAUCAGCAGAGACACGAUAUGCACGGCAGAUUCCGAGGAUUUUUACAGGACGACAGUGAAGAAUUCAGUGAUGAAGUUGGACUUCUCGGUGCUGAUAUGAACAAAGAACUAUAUGACACAUUAAAAUCGAAAUUUGGAUUCAAUCAGUUCCGUCAUCGCCAGAAACAAUGUAUCCUUUCUACAUUAAUGGGCCACGACACCUUUGUUCUUAUGCCAACUGGCGCGGGAAAAAGUUUGUGCUACCAAUUGCCAGCUGUCAUUCUUCCCGGAGUUACUGUCGUCGUAUCACCACUUCGUUCGCUGAUUGAGGAUCAGAAAAUGAAAAUGAAGGAGUUGGGAAUUGGUUGUGAAGCUCUAACCGCCGACCUCGGUGCUCCAGCCCAAGAGAAAAUUUAUGCUGAACUCGGCUCAGGAAAUCCGUCUAUAAAACUUUUAUAUGUAACACCGGAGAAGAUUAGCGCUUCUGGUCGUCUCAAUUCAGUAUUCUUCGAUCUUCAUCGUCGUGGACUUCUCGCUAGAUUCGUCAUCGACGAAGCACAUUGUGUUUCUCAAUGGGGGCACGAUUUCAGGCCGGACUACACGAAAUUAAGCUCGUUACGGGAGAAAUAUGCUAAUCCACCAGUUCCUAUAAUUGCUCUCACUGCAACUGCAACACCUAAAAUUGUGACUGAUGCCAGAGAUCAUCUGAAAAUGCAAAAUUCGAAGCUUUUCAUCAGCUCCUUUGUUCGAGAUAAUCUGAAAUACGAUUUAAUCCCGAAAGCAGCAAGAUCGCUGAUCAAUGUUGUUGAGAAAAUGAAACAAUUGUAUCCAGGAAAAUCUGGAAUUGUUUAUUGCUUGUCUAGAAAAGAAUGUGAAACGGUUCAAAUGAUGCUCACCAAGGCAGGUCUCUCUGCAGAAGUCUAUCAUGCUGGUCUAAAUGACAAUCUUCGAGUUUCUGUUCAAAGAAGUUGGAUCGCCAACAAAUUCGACGUGAUCUGUGCGACAAUUGCAUUUGGAAUGGGGAUUGAUAAACCAGAUGUACGAUUUGUGAUCCAUUACAGUUUGCCAAAAUCAAUCGAAGGUUACUAUCAAGAGACGGGUCGCGCUGGAAGAGAUGGAAUGCCCAGUUAUUGUUUGAUGCUUUACUCGUAUCACGAUUCGAUUCGAUUGAGGCGAAUGAUUGAAGAGGGAAACACUACGACUGGCGUUCGAUCAAUGCAUCUCAAUAAUGUUCUUCAAGUUGUCGCUUACUGUGAGAAUGUAUCGGUUUGCAGAAGAAAAAUGCUCGUGGAGCAUUUUGGAGAGGUCUAUGAUGAACAAUCGUGUCGAAAUAGCAAAACUCCUUGUGACAUUUGUGAAAGGCAACGGAAGAAUGCUGAAGCCAUUCGUCUUUUCGAUGUUUCUACUGAUGCAUUGUCUAUUUUGAAAUGCUUACCACGUAUGCAGAAAGCUACGUUAAAAUACAUAUCCGAACUUUAUCGCGGUGCUCUCAUCAAAAAGUCUCAGGAACAAGCUAUGCGUCUAGGACACACAAAACUUCCGUUCUACUCGAAAGGUCAAGGAAUGUCAGAGCAGGAUGCAUUGAGAUUUGUUCGAAAGCUGGUUAUUGAAGGAUAUAUACACGAACGGCUAUAUUCGGUUCCAAAUCAGGCAGCUGCAGUUUUUGCGUAUGCAGAGCUGACGGAAGCUGGACGAGAUUUAGCAAAUGGAAAAAAAACUGCAAAAGUCUAUCUCCACAUUGUCACUUGUGAAAGAAAGCGAAAGAAUGCUGGCCUCAUCGAAUUAUCCAAUAUGAAUAUCGUCUCAGAAGCCCAGGCACUAAAAGAACGUCAUAUGGUUAAACAUGGAGAUGUUUUUACGAGAUGUCUUCAAGAUUUGACUCAUCUUAUUACUGCAGUUGCCGAGAGUUCUGGAUUAUCCGGUCCUUAUUCAAUUGUGUCCCGAGAAGGAAUCGAACAAAUCGCUGCUCUUCUUCCACGGACGAAUUCGGAUCUUUUGAGAAUUGAUUCCAUGACCCAGAUUAAAGUUACAAAGUAUGGCCGUCUAAUCAUGGAGCUUCUAGCAACUUACUGGAAACAGGUUGAUGAACGAGAGGAAGAAGAAAUGCGAAACCAGCUUGACAAAUUGAAAAGCGGAGAAAUUGUGAUGGGUGGUUUCGCCACAUUACAAUCGGAUCCAGGUUUUCCAUCUGUACCCUACAUGAAGCCACUUGGAGGAGGAGGAGGAUGCAGGGGAAGAGGAAAGAAGAGGGCAUUUUCUGGCUUUUCCUCCGGUCGAGCAACGAAGAAGCCACGCGCAACUGCUCCAUCGGCACGUGGCAAGACAAGCGGACGAGGCGGGGCAAAACCAGCUACUUCACUCAAACGGAACAUGUAUCCAGCUACAUCGAUGUAAAAGAUUGCUAUGAAUAGUAACUAUUGAAUUUUUAAUAGAAUGUUUCUGUAAAUAUUUUGCCUCUAUAUGUCCUUUUUUGUUGAUCUUCUAGAUUUUUUGUUUCCUUUUAAAGUCUUAAAUCUUGCCAAAUGAAUCGUGUGUCAUUUUUCAAAACCUGC